GCGGGCGCUGUCCCCGCCCGGCGGUCGCGGUGCUGCAGCGGCGCCGCCGCUUCGCUUCCGCGGCGGGGCUGGGCCGGGCCGGGAUUGGCCGCGCGGCCGCCUCGCCCCAGAAUGCAGCGCAUGGCGCGUCAUUGAAGAGAGACCAUGAUGGCGGCGGCGGCCGCGGCGGCGGGGGGUGCCCCCGAGGUGAUCGCCCAGCUGGAGAACGCGGCCAAAGUGCUCAUGGCACCACCUUCCAUGGUCAAUAAUGAACAACGCCAACAUGCUGAGCACAUAUUCUUAUCAUUUAGAAAAUCAAAAUCACCAUUUGCUGUUUGCAAACACAUUUUGGAAACUAGUAAAGUAGACUAUGUCCUUUUUCAAGCUGCUACAGCGAUAAUGGAAGCAGUUGUAAGAGAAUGGAUUCUCUUGGAAAAAACUAGCAUCGAGUCACUGCGAACAUUCCUUCUAACCUAUGUCUUACAAAGGCCUAACCUUCAAAAGUACGUUCGGGAGCAGAUUUUAUUAGCAGUAGCGGUGAUAGUGAAACGGGGAUCAUUAGACAAAUCAAUCGACUGCAAAAGCAUUUUUCACGAAGUCAGCCAGUUGAUCAGCAGUGGUAACCCCACUGUGCAAACUUUGGCCUGUUCCAUUCUAACGGCGUUGUUGAGCGAGUUCUCAAGUUCAAGUAAAACCAGCAACAUUGGACUAAGCAUGGAGUUCCAUGGUAACUGUAAACGUAUAUUUCAGGAGGAUGAUCUGCGGCAGAUCUUCAUGCUCACGGUAGAGGUACUUCAGGAAUUCAGCAGACGUGAAAACCUCAAUGCUCAGAUGUCUUCAGUGUUUCAGCGUUAUCUUGCACUAGCCAAUCAGGUCUUAAGCUGGAACUUCCUUCCUCCAAAUUUGGGCAGACAUUAUAUAGCUAUGUUUGAAUCCUCACAAAAUGUGAUGCUAAAGCCAACAGAAUCCUGGCGCGAGACUCUCCUGGACAGCAGAGUUAUGGAGCUUUUCUUUACAGUACAUCGAAAAAUCAGAGAAGAUACAGAUAUGGCCCAAGAUUCAUUACAGUGCCUGGCACAGCUGGCGUCUUUGCACGGGCCAGUCUUUCCUGAUGAAGGUUCACAAGUUGAUUACCUGGCACACUUCAUUGAGGGAUUACUGAAUACUAUCAAUGGAAUUGAAAUAGAAGACUCUGAAGCAGUGGGAAUUUCCAGUAUUAUCAGCAACCUGAUAACUGUAUUUCCUCGCAAUAUUUUAACGGCCAUUCCAAAUGAACUUUUCUCUUCAUUUGUAAACUGCCUCGCACACCUCACCUGUUCCUUUGGAAGAAGUGCUGCCUUGGAAGAAGUGCUUGACAAAGAUGACAUGGUGUAUAUGGAGGCAUAUGAUAAGUUGCUGGAAUCUUGGCUUACUUUAGUACAAGAUGACAAACAUUUCCAUAAAGGUUUCUUUACCCAACAUGCUGUUCAAGUCUUUAAUUCCUACAUUCAGUGCCAUCUAGCUGCUCCUGAUGGCACAAGGAAUUUGACUGCCAAUGGUGUGGCCUCUCGGGAAGAAGAAGAAAUAAGUGAGCUGCAGGAAGAUGACAGAGACCAGUUCUGUGACCAGUUGGCCAGUGUAGGCAUGCUGGGGAGAAUUGCUGCAGAACACUGUAUACCUCUUCUUACAAGUUUGUUAGAAGACCGAGUGACAAGGCUCCAUGGUCAGUUGCAAAGACAUCAGCAGCAGUUACUUGCCUCACCAGCAUCAGGUUCAAUUGACAAUAAAGUGCUUGAUGAUCUGUAUGAGGAUAUUCAUUGGCUUAUUUUAGUCACAGGCUACCUCUUGGCUAAUGAUACUCAGGGAGAGACUCCGCUAAUACCUCCAGAAGUAAUGGAAUAUUCCAUUAAACAUUCAGCUGAGGUUGACAUCAAUACAACACUUCAGAUUCUGGGAUCUCCAGGAGAAAAGGCCUCUUCCAUCCCAGGGUACAACAGAACUGAUUCUGUAAUUAGGUUGUUAUCUGCUAUUUUAAGAGUGUCAGAAGUAGAAUCUAGAGCAAUAAGGGCAAAUCUCACACACCUCCUGAGCCCCCAGAUGGGCAAAGAUAUUGUGUGGUUCCUCAAGCGCUGGGCAAAGACUUACCUCCUAGUAGAUGAAAAGUUGUAUGAUCAGAUAAGUCUGCCAUUUAGUACAGCAUUUGGUGCUGAUACAGAGGGUUCCCAGUGGAUUGUGGGUUACCUUUUAGAAAAAGUGAUCAGUAACCUGGCAGUGUGGAGUUCAGAGCAGGACCUUGCAAAUGAUACUGUACAACUGCUAGUAACAUUAGUGGAAAGGAGAGAGCGGGCAAACUUAGUCAUUCAGUGUGAAAACUGGUGGAAUUUAGCUAAACAGUUUGCAAGGCGAAGCCCUCCUCUUCACUAUUUGUCCAGUUCUGUGCAGAGAACACUAAUGAAAGCUUUAGUUUUAGGAGGUUUUGCUCAUAUGGAUACAGAAACAAAGCAACAAUACUGGACAGAGGUUCUUCAGCCACUUCAGCAGCGAUUCUUGAAUGUGAUAAACCAAGAAAACUUUCAGCAGAUCUGUCAGGAGGAAGAAGUGAAACAGGAAAUCACUGCUACAUUAGAAGCACUCUGUGGCAUUGCUGAGGCUACCCAGAUUGAUAACGUAGCAAUUCUCUUCAAUUUCCUAAUGGACUUCCUUAAUAAUUGCAUUGGAUUAAUGGAAGUAUACAAAAACACACCAGAGACUGUUAAUCUCAUAAUAGAAGUCUUUGUUGAAGUUGCACAUAAACAAAUUUGCUAUCUUGGAGAGGCCAAAGCCAUGAACUUGUAUGAGGCCUGCCUAACUCUGCUCCAGGUGUAUUCUAAGAAUAAUUUAGGUCGACAACGGAUAGAUGUUACAGCAGAAGAAGACCAGUACCAGGAUCUCCUUCUUAUUAUGGAGCUUCUCACUAAUCUUCUAUCAAAAGAAUUCAUAGAUUUCAGUGAUACAGACGAAGUAUUUAGAGGACAUGAGCCUGGGCAAGCUACAAAUAGAUCUGUAUCAGCAGCAGAUGUUGUCUUAUAUGGGGUUAAUCUAGUUCUGCCUCUAAUGUCCCAAGAUCUGCUGAAGUUUCCAUCCCUGUGUAAUCAAUAUUACAAAUUAAUCACUUUCAUCUGUGAAAUAUUCCCUGAGAAAAUUCCACAACUUCCAGAAGACCUCUUUAAGAGCCUAAUGUACUCGCUGGAGUUAGGGAUGUCAUCAAUGAGCUCAGAGGUUUGCCAGCUCUGUCUGGAGGCUGUAACACCAUUAGCAGAACAGUGUGCAAAAGCACAAGAAACAGAUUCAACUCUUUUUCUAGCAACAAGGCACUUUCUUAAGAUGGUUUUUGAUAUGCUGGUACUUCAGAAGCACAAUACAGAAAUGACAACUGCAGCAGGUGAAGCAUUCUACACAUUAGUGUGUUUGCAUCAGGCUGAAUAUUCAGAGCUAGUUGAAACAUUGCUAUCAACUCAGCAAGAUCCAGUAAUUUACCAGCGGUUAGCAGAUGCCUUCAACAAACUUACUGCAAGCAGCACUCCUCCUACACUGGACCGUAAGCAGAAGAUGGCCUUCUUAAAGAGUUUAGAAGAAUUUAUGGCAAAUGUUGGUGGACUUCUCUGUGUAAAAUAAACAACAAAACUCUAUGCCUAAUUUAGACCCUUUCUGCGAAAUGCACUGAGAAAUGCUGAAUGCUGACUAAAUCUUGUACCUGUCUCUGGGUUCUUUGCAGCCAUCUCAGAUUCUAGAGAGCCUGGAAGUUUGAACAUAACACAGUGGAAUAGGAGAGGUCAACUUUGAAUCAGCUUCUGCUAUUAUGUGUUAGCUGCAAUCUGUCAUACUUAUGUGUGGGAGAGAAUGAACAGAAAAUUUGAAUUUAAUUUUUUUCCAUAUAUGUGCAAACAGAUAUGGGCACAAGGAAAAAUAAAUGCAGUGCCUUUCCCCCUGCACUGGUUUAAAAUAUGAGUGGUCAUAUAAACAUACAGAUUUCUUUUCUACCCAAAAUCAUGUUAGAGUGUGAUGUAGAUACAUGUAAAGCUCUAAACAGUUUAGCUGAUUUUAAGCUUUAUUUUUCUUCUCUUUGAGUUUGUGUUCCAAUGGGGAAGAAAAACCAAAUGGCAUUUUAACUUGUGUUCAGUUCUGUUUUUCUACAUCAACCCAACAUUGCAUGUUUAAUGCAAUGCAUGUUUUUACAUUAUGUUCUGCUGCCUAAAGUUCAAAGAAAAAAAGGUGUAUAUUUUUGUUCCCCUAAAAUGAACUUUAGGAACUGUAGCCAUUUCAUUGCCUUAAUUUAAAAGAAGAAAAAAGCUCAUAUACUUUAGGUAAGAAAUAUAAGGCAAGAUUUAAGGCAAGAUUUGACUCUUCAGAGUUGGUUUGGGACGUUGGCACUGAGCUGCUGUGUACAUGUUGCAGCCUUUCAUGAUGAUGUGUCAUUUUGGAAUGAGUGUCUAAUGCAAGGUUCGUGUGUAAUUUUACUUUCAGUAUCUGUUUUGAUUCUUAAGGGGUUGCACGACACUGCAAUGUAUUUCUACACUGAACUGUUUGCUUAAGCAAUAACAACCCAAAAGGUGUGAAUUACCGGCAAACUUUGUAAAGUUGGGGCAUUAGCUAAAACAAUUAUGCUAGCACAGGGGCAUCAGACCCUUUUACUCAAGGUUUGUGUUUGUUUGACUCCAGCAGGGAAAGGUAAUUGGGGAUGUAUACUGGUGUGGGAGAUUUUUAGUUUUGCUGAAUCUAGCUCCACUUCUGCAGAGCCCUCCCAGCUGCUCUGCUCUUGCUUGGUUUUUUGUAUCAGCACUUUAGCUAUUAGAAUAGCAGAAUAUAGUGCCCUGAUUAUAGGGAACCAACAAGGCAGAGCUGCACAUGAGUAUGAAAGCAAGGCCUGCUUUUCUCCUGUCAUGAGCCAGAGAAAACUGAAGCAAACACAAAUGCUGCAUGUCUAGUAAAAUUAUUUUUGUGGAAAUACAUGGAGGAAGAAGUGGGCCCUUCUGUUUAAGAUCUCUGCUAGAUUAUGCUGUUGAAUAUUUCCUAUGUGUUUUUUAAAUUUAUAUAAAAUGUACGGUAAUACAUCUUUAUAUGGCAAUGUGUAACGUUCAUGUUUGCAAUUCUGUGGCAUUCUUCAGCUAUUCAUCUCAAAAUUAGUCACAAUAGCCAGAAUUUUUAAAAGACACAAAUCUCUAAUACUGUGCUAUAAGUGAUCUAAGGCUCUAAGGCUUUUUUUUUUCCUUAAGUUAAAUUCAUAUGUGUCUCAAGCAUGGAUCCACAAGGCCAAAAAUGCCAUCUUUUUAUUAUACUUUUCUCUUUUAAUUGAUGUGAAAACUAAGCAAGGGCAGAUUUACACAUUACAAAGUGACCAUAAAACUUGUUAGAUAAUAAUGUACCUUCGCAGCAAGUAUUUUAUUUCUAAGAUAUUUGCAUAGCAUUUUAGAACAGGAGUAUUGCUCUCAAUUUUUUCUUGAAACUCUAAUGCAUUUCUUUAAAGGAUUUCUCGACUGUGCGCUUGCACAAAAGAUAAUGAUCUUGGCAGAUCCUUCUGUUUCAAACUGUUGUGCUGGCUGAUUUUUUUUUUUUUAGUUGUCUGGGAUUUGCUAUGUUUUUGAAACUGCUUCUGGAGUUUUUCUGAGUUUGUACAUUGGAUGGGGCAGUGGUUCUGAAACCUCGUUUUUUCCAGAUGAAGGGCACUGAAGCCUGGGAACAUAAGCAGCAGUAGGAGCUGCUAGUUUGUUAUGAUGUGCUCAAUGUCAAAUACCUUGACCAAAGUCUUCAAAGACAUCAUAGCAAAUACUUUCAAUUUGUUUGGAUCUGACUGAAUAACUGAUUUCACUAAUUUCUUUCAUACCUAGCUCUGUCACUAUUGUUUCAUAAAUCUUAAAGCUGACUCGCUAUUUAAAAAUAUUUAUUAACUUAAAAAUUUUGAAAUCCUCUUGCAUAUUGUAAUUGAAGAAUUGGAGCACAAAUUGAGUUCAUAUUCAGGACAAAGUAAUGUGCAUACCCAUUAUUGUUCUAAUCAGGCCCAUUGUGUUGUAACAAUCAGAGACACAUAGCAUCUUCUGAGUAUCAAGUCUUGCUUAAGUAUGAAUACCUACUUUUCAAAGACUAGUUUUGAAGGUUAUUUAAGAAUUUCCUUUUCCCUUCAUUUAAGAAUAAUAUUUUAUGUUAAAGGGAAGCUGUCCUAGUAAGGGUUUGGGGUGUUUUUGUAAUUUUCCUGCUUAAAUGUUAUACUUCCCUGUUUCUUAAUUUUUCUUACAUUCUCAUAUAUUCAGCAGGGAUCUUUCCAUGCCAUUUUGUGUUUCUUUUAGAGCACAUUCUAAGAUGUCUCUGCUCAGUGACAUCAGUGAAAUUGGGAAUAGGUUUUAUUCAUUCAUACUCCUGCUGGUUUGGUGGCUGCUUCUAUCUGAACUAUUUGGCUUCUAUAUCCCUAAUAAAAGAAAAAGAAAAAAAAAAGAAGUCCUUCAGUGAUCUUCUACACAUCCAAUUGCUAUAAAUCGGGAUGUGGAAGUUCACUGAGGUCCACAGGAAAGAGUCAUAGACCAUUUUUAAUGAACACUGAGAGCUGGCUCCAUAAAGUGUUCUGAAAGUUUUACAGCAUCACUGCAUUGAUUUUCCAUUCACUGUGCAAAGUGAAUAAUGGUUCUAAAAAUGCACCUGUUUCUUGAAGGAAAAAAGGCAACUCAAACCGAAUUAUAAAUGCUGCAUGAUACAAUUGUAACUAAUAUAUUUGUCUGGACUUCUCUUGCUAAAACAGAUUAUUGAUCCAGUGUUUUCAUUCUGAGAGCUAAAAGUCAAGUAGCUUUCCCAUUUUGCUAUCUCCUUCCCAUUGUAAUAGUUCUAAUGCUGGCUUAAUAAUUUUCUGUUGUUCAGCAUAGCAUUUUCGAUGUUGACAAGCACGACCAUAGAGUUCAAUCAUAAAAUUCAAGACCUAGAAAGCACAGAUGCAUAUGGACAGGCAGAAGUGGACUGCUACUUCCACAUGAAAACUCCACUUUCACAUGCAUUUAUGCCUUAAUUACCUUCAUUGAAUCACUGCCAGAAUCUGCUACUUUUUGCCCAGAGGUUUGUGUUUCACUGUUUAGUGGUAAAGAGCUCACCUUUUUUCUCAGGAAAAAGAAACUUGUUUUCUCAGCAUGUCCAAAUCCUACUGGUUGAAAGAGGGGGGUUUGAACUGGAGUCAUCUCUUUCAUAGUGCAUAGUGCUCACUAAAGCCCCAGUGUUUAUCUGGGCAAAUCCCUUUAUGUCUAGGCCAUGUAGUUCAAGAAAAUAAGCUUGCUCAGAGCAGUCAGUUGUCCAUUUAAAAUAUAAAAUUCUUUAAAAGGGAAAGCAAAUUCUAAUUUGUGGUCUGUAAAACUAUUAAAAGUACGAAUUGCAGCAUUUCUCUUGUAAAACACUUCAAGUAACUUCAGUUUUGGUUAAGUAAUUACAUAAGAAGGAGUGUUUGUUGGUUUUUUUUAAUGGAAGUAGCUUGAUGAAUAUAAGCGCAGGAGUAGGAGCCAGGCUCCUCUAAUUUUCUAAUAAGUUUUUCCGCUGGAUCCUCUGUGGCCAUUGGCAAGUAGCUAGAACUGUGUUGUUGAAAUAGCAUUAACAUCUGCCUACCUCACAGGGAUGUUGUGAGGAUUAGUUUAUGCCUGUAAAAUCCUUUGAGGAUCUGAGAUGCUAUGUAAAUAUUAUAUACUUUAGUUUGUGAGGUGUAAGAUUUACUGUAAUGAGAACAGAUUUUCAUAAUGAUAAAGCCCAGGAGAGGCAGCAGUGGUGCAGUAUUCCCCAGGACUGAUCUACUGCAGUACAGGAAUGCUUGUUGUAAAUUGUCAUUAUUUCAAUUACAGCUGAUUGAAAUAGUGGCUUCUUCUUCAAUAAGGUGAGAUUCCCCACCAGUGUGCCUCAGUUCUGGUCUACACAGGGAGAGGACAGUUGUUGAUUUAUUCAGGCUUUGGUGCCUCUACUUGUGACAAGUGCUGCUUGUGGUAGGGUUUUUUGUUUGGUUUGGUCUUGGUUUUUUUAUACUUUUCUGCAAGGAACAAACACCAUUCAUUUCUACCAUGUCUGUUCCAGUCUCUCAGUAUAACCAAAGCCUAAUGAUAACAACUAAAUUUAAGGAGCCAUCUCUGCCCCCCCCUCCUCCCACCCCGUAAAUUUGCAUUUAAUAUGAGUAGAUUGUGCCCUUUUUACAGCAAAUUAGAUUAAUGCUUUCUGGCACUGAUCAUGAAGCAAAUCAUGAAGUGUGUUUUGCUCUAGGGCCUUAAGCUCUCAGCUCUCUUAUAAAACACUUUUUUCAAUAUGAGAUUUCUUGGGGCCCUAGCAACUGAGAUAUCCCUGGCUUUCCCUUUUCCUCAGUGGAUUGAAAUUGAUUCUGUUUUUUCAUUCCUUCCCUUUCCCUAUCCUGCUUUUCCUGUCCUUUUGAGCCAUUCUAAAGUGGAUUUGGAUGACCACUCCAACCUCAGUAGAAAGAUACUACCCAUAUGAUUUUCCAAUCUGUUACAGCUUGAUACUUGAAAUUGAUAAAAACCUUUCUAGUAGCAUUCCCCAGCAUGUUUCAAUCUCCCACUGAACCAUUCUAGAAUUUAUAAUUAUGAAAAAACAUAUUAUCCUCUUUUAUUUGUUCCAUUUGUGCAAAAUAAGGAACCUCCAUGCAGUGAACAUGCAGUUUUAAGGCAAUAAAUGCUAGUACUGCUGUUGGUCAAGUGUGUAAAUAUUUUGAAUGUAUCAUUCAGUACUGUGUUGAGUUUAUAUAUUAAAAACACAGGGAUUGAAGUGCUAGUUGAUUUCAAGUUUUGUUUUACCUGUACAGUUGAAGAUAUGAAGUUGCAUAGAAGUAUUUCACAAUUUAUUGCAAUAAGACUUGGGAAAUGGCUGUGUAAUCAAGCCUUAUCACAACUGAUUUUUCAAUUUUGAAAUGAUCACUUUGUGUAUUUUUAAGAUCCAUAAGCAGGAGAAGGAUCAAAUUGUUUUCCACUAAAGACUUUUAUUAUUUUGUUUUGGCCAUGUGUGAUUUGUGUGUAUUCUUGUUUAAUAUUUUUCUAAAAUCUCAUCUGUGUUGAAUCCCUGAAAUAGAAGUUGUUAUAACUCCUUAUGGUAGAAACAAAAAUAGGAACAUUAUGAAACCUUGGGCUACACAUUUUGCUCUAUGACUACAGUGAAUGCACAGUAAUUAGGUUAAAAGUUGAUGGGGUAACUUUAACCUGCAUCGGCACUUAAGGCAUGAGUUUGUCCAUCAACAGAAAAAAUAUGUGAUUAGGGGUACAACAGGAGUAUCUCACACUGCACUGCAAUUACCAGAAAUGGCCAUGAAUAAAUAUAUAAUCAAAUUAAUCUUCCCCCAUCUUCCAAAAAAAAUUUUUAACAGUGACCUUUCAGGUCACUAUAUUGGUGGUAUUUGUCUACCCAGAAGGAAUGAUUUCUGGGUCUUUAAUUUUGUGUGUGUAUUUCAUCUAAACUGUUUCUGAUGAUAUCUGGCACGGAAAUGUUUUCCAUGUAAGGGACAUCAACAGUAUGUUACUUCAUGGAUAUCAGAAAAGUUCAGUUACAGGCAGCAGUUCCUAAUGUGCUAUAAACUACAGUUAUUUUCUAUUGCUCCCUUCUUACUUCCAUGCACCCACAUCUUUUAAAAAAAAAAAAAAAGCUUCACAAAUCCUGAAAGUAAAACUAUGCGACAGGUAUGGUGGUGACAGCUUGCUAUGUAUCUUGGCUAUAUGUAGCACUAGAAUUUUACUGGUUUCAGAAGUAAAAUUACUGCAGUUAUAUAUUUAUAUUGGCAUGGUUUAGUUUAGUGAACAUUUUGGUGAAGGAUGGAAACAUUUAAGGUAAUUUUGAGGAAAUUCCUUAAAGCAGCUGGUAAGACUAACAGCAGCAUAACUAAGCAGCCUUUCAUGUAGAAAAUGGAACUAUUCUGAUUUACCUUAAAUACAAGGUCUGGAAUAAACUUGAAUGAUUUGGGUACAAAGCCUUCAUUCAGACUUGUCUGUCUAAGUGUACAAAACUCCAUCAGUUUUGCCUUUAUGAAACUUUUUUGCUUCAGUUGUGAGUGGUGGAGUUGUGGUGGGUUUUUUCCUUCAGUGGUUUGCCAUGUCUUACAAGCAGAAAUGUAGGAAAGCUCAACCCUCCAAGUGGAAUUUGUCUGGCCCGUCAGCUGAGGAGGAGGUCAUACAUGAACUGGAAGAGGGAAGGAGGAGGAGAAGAAAUUAAAAACUUUGCAACGUUAUCUGGAGAAAGAAAAACAAAUCAAGCUACUCUACAAGAAGAAAAAGAAAUUGAUAAUACAAGUGUUAUCCCGUAACUUUGUAACCCAUAACAUCUUGAUAGGAUUAAUAAAAGCCUGCCGUUCCAUCAACACGGUUGGGGAAAAGAGAAAGUGCUAUUUUGGAAUUUUGUGAAAUGAAAUGCAAUAUUAUCAGUGUAAGUUUUGUUAAUUAAAUAAUACAUGCCUCUUUAUUUUGGAAGACGUUCCAGACAAAUCUGCAUCUCCAAAGAGAACGCUGAAGUUACCGACUGUGAACGUAAUUCAUUACUAGUUUUUCUCUUUUCUAUAUUUGAAUCUUAUGGAACAGCUGUUUUCACCUUAACAUCUAUUAGAUGGUAUCACAUUUGAUUUUUCUGACAUGCUGGUGCCUUUGCAAGUGAGAGUAGAGCAAAGCUGUGAGUGUCAUGUACUUCCUUUUUUCUUUCCUUCUGUGUCUGGCCUACUGUUCAUGAUUGUAAAGACAUGUAUGUUUGAUUUGCUUUAACUUAUUGUUUUGGAUGCUGCAGUUUAGAUUUGUGGCAUAUUCAAACUGCUUCCAGUUGCUGUGUUUGGUGUUUACUGAAUGAAAGUCAUCGCUAGACUCCAACACAAGUAUUGAUGUGAAAGCCUCACUCGUAACUCAAUUUAACAAGUUGUCAGCACAUUUGCUUUAAUUUUGGAACUGCAGCGGUACUGGUAAUGGUCUUUCGUUCAUUCAAAUGAUUGUUGUAACUCGGAAAAAAAAAAAAAAAUGAGGCCCAAACCCCACCACCACACUGUGGAGUCUUUAGGAAGAUCACUGAUGUCCUCACACAAGGUCAACACUACUUUGGGGAAGGCUUAUAUUCUUCUGCCACUUUUAGGAAAGACUGUUCUUCUGAAGUACUUUUUUGCCUGCUUUUAGGCUGUUAUGCACUUUCACGAUUUCUUAACAAACUACUGUUAAAAUGUACUGUACCAUGGAUUUUGAUAAGCGCACAUGUAUUUAAACAAUUCGCUCAGCCUCAGGAAAGCUGGAAAAAUCGGAUACCUGUUUUGUAUCUUGAUUAAAAUGUUUGCAUUUGUAAAUGCAUCCCUUUAGAUGGCCAGAUAAUAUCUAGAUCCUGUGAGUGUAACUAUUUAAGAUACCAGUAUAGUCUGUAAAAUGAGGACUGUAAUUUUGCUUUAGGGACAGAGAAAAGGGUGUCCUCUUAUUUUUCUUAGAGAUAUAUAUAGUCUGAAUUGAAGUUUCAAAAGCAAAAAGCAGUAAUAAACCCCACUUAGUGUUCAGGAAAAAAAUGUUUUCUUUCUCAACACUAUCUGAUUUCUAUUUUCUUUCUUCUCCUUAAAAAGUGUGUAUGAAAUAAGUGCAGAGGUAUGUGCAGGAAAAACUGUAAAAUCUGCUGCUGUACAUGUUUGCUACUUGACUGCAUUUUCUGUUCCACUUUAAUUUUACUGGUUUUGCUAAAUAUAUUUUAUAUAUUUUC